AGAUAUCAAACCCUUCAAAGGGGGUAUCGUCAGCCGAUCUCCAUCCGCCGAAGCGUCGAUCAAAGAACUGGACGAACAAUACUAGGCUUUUCUCUUAUCUCGAAUCCGUUCCUUUCAGGGUUCAACGUUGCUGGUCACACUCGCGCUACCGGUGUUUAGGGUGCAUUUUAUACCGGGGGUUCCUGUGCCCCUUUUCGUUCCUGCCCGCCGGCCGUUCUAAAAUUGUGAUUGGGCGAAAGAUUUAUCACCAACCGGCUCCACCUGCAGGCCACGCCUUUCGCCAUCCACGUCGUUGGGGAACAGCAAACCACUCCUGCUCGAGUUCUCCUUCGACCGAUCAUCAACCUCGUCGAAGAGCAUUUCGCAGUCUUUGGCCGUUCCUUGGAUUCAACACCGACCGAAUUACACGAAUUGGCCUCCGAAUUUGUCGUCGACCGCCCCGCAAGCCCACGACCGAACCCCCCCACGGUAUGUCCUAUAUUAUUUCAUACCAUUUCUGGCGCUUGGUUCUGCAGACGGCACUUUCUUUUGUGUCUGUGUGUGUAUGUGUAUGCAUGCAAAAACGACAGCCAACCUCCAUACCUUCCUUCUGCUCGAGUACAGACACGGAGCAUAGCUCGAGAAGCUUCAAUCCCUUGGGGUCAUAUGGACGUGGCAGGCAAUGGGCUGAUACCUUGUUGGAACGGUGUCAUCCAUCGUUUGCCAGACCCCAAGUCGGCUACACAGCUACACAGCUACGCCAUCACUCCCAAUAACUGUCAAAAACGUCCUUUUAAAACAAUGCCCCGCCAAAAAGUUCUCAAUGCUGCUACUCUUCAAUCCAAUGCUAAUGUGUGUCUUCGCAAGCAGAAAAUAGUAACUAGCUCCGUUAUCGGCUUUUCGAUGGCUUAAUAAUUCCCGCGCAUAUUCCUCUGAACCGCAAUCAUGCUUGGAUCUUCUUUUCUUCGAUCGAAGCUCCCUGGAGCUACAUCCGAAUCCGCUGCAGGACCAAUAUGGUUGAAUAAAUUAGUGACGCCUCUACUACAGAGCCUCUCCUACCGAGCGUGCCUGCACCCAAUACAUACGAUCGUUAUAGUUGCUUUCUUAGCAAGUACCAGUUAUAUCGGCCUUCUCGAAAGCAGUCUUUUCGAGGUCACCAAACUAAACACGUUUGGAAGCAAGGCGGAUUGGACCUCUCUUCAAGAAGGUAGUCGACAAUUGCGAGUCGGAAGUGAAACUGGUUGGAAAUGGCAAUCUGCAGAUGCAGCCUUGCCAGCUGCAAAGGAUGCAGAUCACCUGGCCCUUUUGACGUUUGUCUUCCCAGAUUCUCUGGCUGCCAAUUCCCGGCAGACUGCUCCAUUGUCAGACGCAAUUCCCUUGCCACAGAAUCUGUCCGUGUCACUAUUACCUUCAACAUCCAACCCUUUGUCCCCAAUAUCGCAGGAUACUGCUCUGGCAUACUCGGUACCGUAUCAAAACGCCGCGGAAUUUCUCGUUCGAGCUCAGGAGUUGCCAAAUAUUGGAGUGUUACCAGAUGGCUACGAGGCGGAUGUAGCCAAGGAACAUAAGAAAUGGAUAAUGAAGGCAGCAAAGGUUACUGUAACUCAAUCUGGAAUGAAAAACUGGGUUGCGAAUGCCUGGACUGCCUUUGUGGACCUCCUCAAAAAUGCCGAAACUUUAGAUAUCAUCAUCAUGGUUCUGGGUUAUAUUUCGAUGCAUUUGACUUUCGUCUCCCUGUUCGUCUCAAUGCGACGUAUGGGUUCGAACUUCUGGUUGUUUGCAACAACCCUCUUCUCUUCCGUCUUUGCUUUCCUUUUCGGCUUGAUUGUUACCAAUUGGCUGGGAGUGCCAAUGAACAUGAUUCUCCUCUCGGAAGGCUUGCCAUUUUUGGUCGUCACUAUUGGAUUCGAAAAGGCGAUUGUCCUCACCAAGGCGGUGUUAUCUGCUUCCCUAGAAACUCGCAGGCCGCAACCACAAGACAAGGCUAAGAAAUCCGUGCAACGAUAUGGCAUGUCACCAACCUCGAUUGGAUAUGCCGUUCAGGUAGCUAUUGGAGAGAAAGGAUUCGAAAUCGUCAGAGAUUAUGCCGUCGAGAUUUGUAUUUUGGUAGCCGGUGCUGCAUCAGGUGUCCAAGGUGGUCUUCAACAAUUCUGCUUCUUGGCUGCAUGGAUUCUCUUCUUCGAUUGCCUUCUUUUGUUUACUUUCUACACGGCCAUCUUAAGCAUUAAGCUAGAAAUCAACCGCAUCAAGCGUCACGUGGCUCUUCGCCAAGCAUUGGAAGAUGACGGAGUUAAUAGAAGGGUCGCUGAAAAUGUUGCUCAGAGUGAUGAUUGGCCUAAAGCUGAUGAUGCCUCCGGCAACCGCGAAACCACCAUCUUUGGCCGCAAAGUCCGAGAUGGUAGUAUUCCAAAAUUCAAGGUUUUGAUGGUUGGAGGUUUCCUCAUCAUCAACAUCCUCAACAUCUGUACCAUCCCCUUCCGAGGUUCGAAGAACACGAAUGCUGCGCCUGUGACUGGGCUUGCUGGAAAUGGACUUCCGAGUGUUGUAACCUCGCCGCCUAUGGACCCUUUUAAAGUUGCUUCAAAUGGACUGGACCAUAUCUAUGCGUCGGCAAAGUCCCAUGACAAGUAUACAGUAGUCACGAUUCUUACACCAAUCAAAUACGAGCUCGAGUACCCAUCUGUACAUUACGCUAUUCCAUCCAAGGGAAGCAAGGGCAAUUCUCUUUAUGGUCAAGAUGAUGAAGAACUUGGUGAGUACAGCAUGGGUGGCCGUGUCGUUGAUGGUGUUCUCAAAAGUUUGGAGGAUCCUAUAUUGUCAAAGUGGAUUGUGGUCGCACUGGCAUUGAGUGUAAUUCUCAAUGGCUAUCUCUUCAACGCAGCACGAUGGAGCAUCAAAGAGCCUCUCCAAAUGCCCCCUCACCAUGCAGUGGAUGCUAAAGAGCUCGACCAAGCUGAGAAGUUCAACAACUCUACUUCCAUUCCAACAUUGAAGCUCCCUUCUAUUGACCCAGACUCAACUAUUCCAACUCAAGCUGCGCCUCCAACACCUGCAACGACAGAUGAUGAGGAUGAUGUACUCACCAUGCGAAAACCUCAAGUUGCCUCCGAUUCCCAAGUCAUGCGCCGAACUCAAGCUCAGAUGGAACAAAUGGUCCAGGAAAACCGACAUCCUGAGCUUUCUGACAAGGAGGUCAUCGAACUUUCUAUGCAGGGCAAAAUACCCGGUUACUCGCUCGAAAGAAAGCUCAAAGAUUGUACCAGAGCCGUCAAAAUCAGAAGAGCGAUCAUCUCACGAACUGCUGCUACUGCCGAGACCACCAGCCUUUUGGAAGCAUCAAAAUUGCCAUAUGAGCACUACGAUUAUGACCGUGUCUUGGGAGCCUGCUGCGAAAAUGUUAUCGGCUAUAUGCCACUGCCUCUCGGUGUCGCUGGACCUAUCGUAAUUGACGGUCAGAGUUUCUUCUUGCCAAUGGCCACUACUGAAGGUGUUCUUGUAGCUAGUGUCAGUCGUGGUUGUAAAGCUAUCAAUUCUGGUGGCGGCGCCAUUACUGUUGUCACUGGCGAUGGAAUGACUCGAGGUCCUUGUGUUGCCUUUGAGACUUUGGAAAGAGCUGGCGCUGCUAAAAACUGGAUUGAUUCCGAAGUCGGUCAAGCGAUUAUGACCAAGGCUUUCAACUCCACCAGCAGAUUCGCUCGAUUGCAAUCAAUCAAGACUGCUCUUGCCGGAACUUAUCUCUAUCCUCGUUUCAAGACAACAACUGGUGACGCUAUGGGAAUGAACAUGAUCUCCAAAGGUGUCGAAUAUGCUUUAAGCGUUAUGGCUGAUAGUGGAUUCGACGACAUGGACAUCAUUUCAGUUUCUGGUAAUUUCUGUACUGACAAGAAACCCGCUGCUAUCAACUGGAUCGACGGUCGUGGAAAGAGUAUUGUGGCCGAAGCCAUCAUUCCUGGAGAAGUCGUCCGAAAGGUGCUCAAGACUGAUGUCGACUCAAUGGUGGAAUUGAACAUUGCAAAGAAUCUUGUCGGCAGUGCUAUGGCUGGAAGUAUCGGUGGUUUCAACGCUCAAGCUGCCAACAUCGUCACUGCGAUUUUCUUAGCAACCGGUCAAGAUCCCGCACAGAAUGUUGAGAGCAGUAACUGUAUUACGCUCAUGAAAAAGUAAGUUUUAUUAAUCCUGGUCUUUCAUUGAAUCCUUUCUAACGUAUUAUUUAGCUUGCGCGGAAACCUUCAAAUCAGCGUUUCCAUGCCUUCGAUUGAAGUUGGUACCAUUGGAGGUGGCACCAUUCUCGAACCACAAAGCGCUAUGCUCGACAUGCUCGGUGUCCGUGGUUCCCAUCCAACAAACCCAGGUGAUAAUGCACGCAAACUUGCACGUAUCGUUGCUGCCGGUGUAUUGGCUGGUGAACUCUCAUUAUGCAGUGCUUUGGCAGCCGGUCACCUCGUCAAGAGUCACAUGGCUCACAACCGAAGCGCACCAGCGACAAGAAGCAACACACCUGCUCCACUUUCUGCCGUCCCAUCAAGCUUGACCAUGUCGCAAGCAGCCGUUGCGCGAGCUGCGAGGUAGCAUGGAUUCUACAUCCACGCGGAUUUGUGAGAACGUGAACAUAUACAGGUGACUCAUACAUUAGUAUUAGUCAAUUGGAGUUUUUUAUUUGAAUGGGGGUCGGCGUUCUCCUUUUGUCUUUUUUUUGAUGUUUUCUGCUGAAAAUCCGAAAAAUGCGAGCGCGAGCGUGCAUACACUGGCGGGUUUGAAGCGAGAUUCUUGCUCUCCCACUCGUACAUACACCUUUCUCUUUUUGGUUGCGAGGACAUAGAAUCUCCGAGGGGACCCUGAUGAAACUUGGGUUCUCUCUUGUUUUGCUGCGGGGAUUUAAUAAGAUGGUGAGGGGCAGGCAUGAGGAUGGGUAGUGGUGGGUAGAAGGUGUGGAAGGAAUGGGAGGAAUGGGAAUAUGUAGAUUUUUAGUGGUUGAUAGAGGAUGAUGAAUACAUGAAAUUUCUACUUGAAUAUCUCGGUCUUCUGGUCUUUUUG